AACUAUUCGAUGUGGCUGGUGGGUAGUAGGGACGCGAUAGUGAGUGGCAAUUCCGGCCAGCUCAGCGCCUUCACGCUGUCAAUCCGGCAGUAUAGCUGGAUUUGCUGGCUCCAUACGGCCCGGCUGUGUGUGCGCUGUCCCUUUGGAAUCAGAACACAGUCCAGAAUGGUUCUGCUGACUAUGAUUGCCCGGGUGGCGGAUGGGCUGCUCCUUGCUGCCUCGAUGCAAGAAGAUGAACAGUCGGGUCGGGACCUGCAGCAGUAUCAGAGUCAGGCCAAACUGCUCUUCCGCAAGCUGAACGAGCACAGCCCUAACCGCUGUACGCUGGAGGCCGGAUCCGUGGUAUUCCACUAUGUGAUCGAGCAGGGUGUGUGCUACCUGGCACUGUGCGAAGUAGGAUUCUCCAAGAAGCUGGCCUUUGCCUACCUGGAAGAUCUUCAGACAGAGUUUCACGAGCGGCACGGGAAGAAGGUCCCCACGGUCUCCCGGCCGUACUCCUUCAUCGAAUUUGACACAUACAUCCAGAAGACAAAGAAGUCGUACAUUGACAACAGGGCGCGCAGGAACCUGGGCAACAUCAACACAGAACUGCAGGAUGUACAGCGGAUCAUGGUGGCUAACAUAGAAGAGGUGCUUCAACGUGGAGAGGCCCUGUCUGGUAAUGAAACAUCCCAGCCGCCUCUAUCCUCUGGAUUCCAAAGCCAGCAACCUGUCCAACCUGUCCAAGAAGUACCGCAGUGACGCCAAGUACCUGAACACGCGGUCCACGUAUGCCAAGCUGGCCGCCGGCGCCGUGGUCUUCAUCACCCUCAUCAUUUACGUGCGCUUUUGGUGGCUGUAAGCGCUCCGCUCACGCUUCUGGAAGAAUCUUCUGCUGUACAUCAGACUGAUGUAAUUGGCUGUAUUAUAGGAAUGUUUUUCUACUAACAGCUUACUCAGAGGUCCCUGUAAGUGUUGGCCUACCUGAAUAUGUGCAAAUUUGUUUUUUGUUUUUUUCCCCUCUUUGGGGGGGGGGUGUGUUCUUAUGUAAACAUCAGUCUUUGAGAAGCAGAAUAAUUUACUUAAGUACAUUCCACAUUGUACAGUUGGCUGAAACUACCAGACAGACCAGUCCUUCUAAUGUAAU